CAAGCGCCAUAGUCACCGUAGUCCUGGCGACUGUUACCCAUCAACAACAACCGCUCCUCUCCUGCUCCUCCUCCACCUCCUGCCGCUCCUCACCCCCAUCCUCACCCCCUUCCUCGCCGUCACCCGCAACAACAACAACAACCACAACAACAGCGGCAGCAGCCGCCACCUCCGGCACCGACGACAGCGGGGACGCCGCAGCCCGCCUCAGCCCAGAGACCACGAUGCAGACAUCAGAGACUGGGUCGGAUACAGGUUCAACUGUGACUUUACAGACAUCUGUGGCUAGCCAAGCAGCAGUGCCCACACAGGUAGUACAGCAAGUACCAGUUCAGCAACAGGUGCAACAAGUGCAGACUGUGCAACAGGUACAGCAUGUCUACCCAGCCCAGGUUCAGUACGUGGAAGGAAGUGACACGGUCUACACUAAUGGAGCUAUCCGAUCUACAACUUAUCCAUACACAGAAACCCAGAUGUACAGCCAAAACACUGGGGGAAAUUAUUUUGAUACUCAAGGAAGUUCUGCACAGGUGACAACAGUGGUCUCCUCUCAUAGCAUGGUGGGCACUGGAGGGAUUCAGAUGGGUGUCACAGGAGGACAACUCAUUAGCAGCUCAGGAGGGACCUAUCUGAUUGGCAAUUCAAUGGAAAAUUCUGGUCAUUCAGUGACUCAUACAACACGGACUUCCCCAGCUACAAUUGAAAUGGCGAUUGAGACACUGCAAAAGUCUGAUGGUCUGUCCACUCACAGAAGCUCUCUUCUCAACAGCCAUCUUCAGUGGCUUUUGGACAAUUAUGAAACUGCAGAAGGAGUGAGCCUCCCAAGAAGUACACUUUACAACCAUUACUUACGACAUUGUCAGGAGCACAAGUUGGAUCCAGUCAAUGCUGCCUCCUUUGGAAAACUCAUACGGUCAAUCUUCAUGGGAUUACGGACACGAAGGCUUGGAACUAGGGGCAACUCCAAAUAUCAUUACUAUGGGAUUCGUGUCAAGCCGGACUCUCCUCUUAAUCGACUACAAGAGGACAUGCAAUAUAUGGCGAUGAGACAACAGCCCAUGCAGCAGAAACAGAGGUAUAAGCCUAUGCAGAAAGUGGAUGGAGUUGCAGAUGGCUUCACAGGAAGUGGUCAACAGACAGGCACAUCUGUUGAACAAACUGUAAUUGCCCAAAGUCAACAUCAUCAACAGUUUUUAGAUGCAUCUCGAGUACUUCCAGAGUUUGGAGAAGUUGAAAUAUCUUCUCUACCAGAUGGUACUACCUUUGAGGACAUCAAAUCACUGCAGAGUCUUUAUCGAGAGCACUGUGAGGCAAUACUGGAUGUGGUAGUAAAUCUUCAGUUCAGCCUGAUAGAAAAAUUGUGGCAAACUUUCUGGCGCUAUUCUCCCUCUACUCCACCUGAUGGCACUACCGUUAAUGAACCAAGCAAUCUGAGUGAAAUAGAAAGUCGACUUCCAAAAGCAAAGCUGAUUACUCUGUGCAAAAAUGAGUCUAUCCUGAAAUGGAUGUGUAACUGUGAUCACGUGAUGUACCAAGCUUUGGUGGAGAUUCUCAUUCCUGACGUCCUUAGACCUAUUCCUAGUGCCUUGACCCAAGCCAUUCGCAAUUUUGCAAAAAGCCUUGAAGGUUGGCUUUCAAAUGCCAUGAACAAUAUUCCACAGAGGAUGAUACAAACCAAGGUUGCCGCUGUAAGUGCCUUUGCCCAGACUCUGCGAAGAUACACAUCUCUUAAUCACCUGGCUCAAGCAGCUCGUGCUGUACUUCAAAAUACUUCUCAGAUCAACCAGAUGCUCAAUGAUCUUAACCGUGUUGAUUUUGCCAAUGUUCAGCUCACACUUUAGGAAAGUGAAGCUGAGAGAGCUGGACCUGUUUAGCUUGGAGAAGAGAAGAUGGAGAGGGGAUCUUAUCGAUGUGUACAAAUAUCUGAAGGCAGGUUGUCAAGAGGAUGGGGCUGGACUCAUUUCAGUGGUGCCCAGCGACAGGACAAGAGACAACAGGCACAAACUGAAACACAGGAAGUUCCGGCUGAAUAUGAAGGGGCACUUCUUUACCGUAAGGGUGACAGAGCACUGGAACAGGUUGCCCAGGGAGGUUGUGGAGUUCCCUUCUUUGGAGAUACUAAAAACCUGCCUGGAUGCCAUCCUGCACAAUGUGCUGUAGGUGAUCCUGCUUGGCAGGGGGGUUGGACAAGAUGAUCCCCAAAGGUCCAUUCCAACCUCAACCAUUCUGUGAUUCUGUGAAAGUGAAAACUUAAAAGCAUUGUCUAUUUACAUUUACUGUCUUCAAGUGCUUGUAUUCUUCCAAAUUCUUUGGAAAUGUGUCACACAUACAUUCUUAGAAUGGGUAUCAUGAAUGAUGUCUUAGUAAUAGCAUAAAUGAUACUUUACAAUUACAUCUGAGAGAGUAGUGCAGUGUUUGAAUGUCUCUAAAAAUAAUUAAAUGCACAGCAUUGUUUUUAGCAGAGACUGUUUCAUUAGUUCAAAGACAAUUCCAUUAGUAUGCUUCAUCUAAGUGUCUGUGCUUAAGUGUACAAGAUCUCCAGAGCAGCUGAUUAGAUUAGUACUGGUUUCCAGUUAGCUGUAGAAUGUAAGUUUAUAAUUUCAUUGCACCUUCAAAAAAGGUUUCCCAAAUAUUUCUGCUCCUAUGAGGAAAAGGUUGUUUAUUAAUUUAUUUAUUUAUUUCCCUUUUGCACAGCAAAGUGAAAUAUUCCAGGUUACUGAUAGUUCUGUUUGAAUUUUUUCUUUGUGAAUAGAUAUUAUUACGUACUCUGUCUUAAUAAAAAAUAGUUUACUAG